AUUGCGCCAAACAAAGAUAUGAGGAUCUUCACAAAGCUCUCUGCACCACUCUGCCUCCUUUUUGUCUUCCUCUGUCUUAAAACUGCCUUCUCAUCCUCUAUACAUGCUUCUUCCUUAUCAACAGCACAUCGUUGCUCUCAUGAGGAGGCUCUUGCUUUGCUGCAAUUCAAGACAUCCUUCUCCAUCAAUUACACUGUCCCAUAUUCAUAUUAUUGGGGGGAAAAUUAUUCUAAGAUUGAGUCAUGGAAGGAAGGUAUAGACUGUUGUUCCUGGGAUGGGGUUAGCUGUGAUAAUGUCACAGGCCAUGUAAUUGCCCUUAAUCUCAGCUGCAGUUUCCUUUAUGGCACCUUUCCUUCCAAUAGCACUCUUUUCUUACUCAGAAACCUGCAGAGCCUCAAUCUUGCCUUGAAUGAUUUUAGGCUUUCCAAGAUUCCAUCGGAAAUCAGUCAGUUUACUAGACUAAAGCAUCUUGAUGUCUCUGAUUCUGGAUUUUCAGGCCAAGUUCCAAGAGAAAUUGCUUACCUCCCCAAGUUAGUUUCUCUCAAUCUCUCUGAUUGGUACGAUUCUUCUGACUUGAUCCUUGAAACAACUACCUUGAGAAAUCUUGUUCAUAACUUGAGUGAGGUGAGAGAACUUGUGCUUAGUGGAGUGAACAUGACAUCUGUUAAUCCCCGUUUCUUCAUGAAUCUCUCUUCUUCAUUGACUACUCUUGAUCUUUUCGAGAGUGUGUUAAGAGGAAACUUUCCAAACAGUAUUUUCCGCUUUCCAAAUCUCAAGAUUUUUUCUUUAAGUGGAUAUUUUGGAGAGCGAAACCUCACUAUUGAUCUUCCAAGUUCCAAUUGGAGCAAUCCUCUCCAAGAUUUGUAUUUAUCUGUCAUGGAUUGCGGAAGGCGAUUGCCAGAGUCUAUAGGAGAUCUAAAGUCAUUACAGUUUCUGAGUCUUCAAUGCAACUUGGAAGGUUCCAUUCCAGCUUCCAUAGGUAACUUAAGGCAACUUACCUAUCUUUCCCUUUCCAAUAAUCAGUUUUCUGGUUACCUCUAUUCUAACAAUCUUAGCGAACAAAUCCCAUCAUCACUUGCAAACCUCACCCAACUUACCUUUCUUGCCCUUUCCAAUAUUCAGUUUUCUGGUCCCAUUCUAGCGUCCAUAGGUAACUUAAGGCAACUUACUAGCUUAGACCUCUAUUCUAACAAUCUUAGCGGACAAAUCCCAUCAUCACUUGCAAAUCUCACACAACUUACCUCUCUUGCCCUUUCAUAUAAUCAGUUUUCUGGUCCCAUUCCAGCUUCCAUAGGUAACUUAAGGCAACUUACUAGCCUAGACCUCAAUUCUAACAAUCUUGGUGGACAAAUCCCAUUAUCACUUGCAAACCUCACCCAACUUAUCGAUCUUGACCUUUCCAAUAAUCAGUUUUCCGGUCCCAUUCCAACUUCCAUAGAGGGCUGUGGAUUACAAAAUCUCAACUUACAUGGAAAUCAAAUGGAUGGGCUAUUACCAAGGUCUUUGGUGAAUUGUAGCAAGUUAGAGGUUCUAGACGUUGGCAACAACAGCAUAGAGGAUACAUUUCCUCAUUGGUUGGAAUCUCUACCAGACCUUCAAGUGCUUGUCUUAAGGUCCAACAAGUUCCACGGUAUUGUGCAGAGCACCAAAGAAAGUCCAUCUUUUCCCAAGUUACGAGUUCUGGACCUCUCCAGCAAUGAUUUUCGUGGCCCUUUGCCUGUUCAGUACAUUGAAAAUUUUAAAGCGAUGAUGGACCCUCAUGGAGAGGAUGGUUCCCCUAAAUACAUGAAGGUGAUGGGAGCCGAUCCUUAUCAAUAUUCACUGGUUGUGACAUGGAAGGGAUUCGACUAUGAGCUGCAGGGAAUCUUGACCGUAUUCAGUUGUAUUCAUCUCUCAAAUAACAUGUUUGACAGAAAAAUUCCAGAUGUUAUUGGAAACCUUAGUUCUCUCAAAGGGCUUAAUCUUUCUCAUAACAACCUUACUGGUAAUAUCCCACCGUCACUAGGGAAUUUGACGAAUCUGGAAUGGUUGGAUCUCUCUUCCAACGGGCUGACAGGGAAAAUUCCUGAUGAAUUGGUAUCUUUGACACAACUCUCUGUACUGAAUCUUUCAAAUAAUCAUCUUGUCGGAUGCAUACCACAGGGCAAUCAGUUCAACACCUUUGGAAAUGGUUCUUAUGAAGGAAACCUUGAACUGUGUGGAAUCCCAUUGUCAAAAUCUUGUGAUGGAAUUGGGACACCGCCGAGCUCCUUCCAAGAAAAAGAUGAGUUGUGGAGAUUUGGCUGGAGAGUUGUUGUGUUAGGCUAUGGAUGUGGAGUUGUUUUUGGACUGCUGAUGGGAUAUCUUGUCUUCCGAACAAGAAAGCCGAAAUGGUUUGUGUCUUUGUUUGAUGGCCGACCAAGUCAAAGUGGAAGGAAGAUGAGGAAAGCCAGAAGACUUGUUCAAAGAAGAAGCUAGUUGCAGAGUUGAUGUUUUAGACCUUCUGAUUUAAUGUUUCCUGAAUAAGUGCUUUUUGGGUUUGAAGUUCCUGUUAUGGCUAGCAUUGGCUUGUCUAAAAUUGUUAGUCUACUCUUGUCUUUAUUAUGCUUUGUAAUUUUGUCUUUCUUUAUUGUAAAAUAUAUUUGAAGUUUCAAG